GCCAUGGUCCGCGAGCGGCGCGAGGAGCUCCUGGCCCGCGCGGAGGCGCUCCAGGCCGGCCCGUGCGCGGUGGCGGCGGCCGCGCGGUGCGGCGCCGACGGCGGAGCGGCCGAGGCGGCCAGGGCCAGGGAGCCGACUCCCCUGGACGCGGAGCUCCGCAACAGCCUAAUGGGGACCGUCCUCGGGGACAAGCCGGGCGUCCGGUGGGACGACAUCGCGGGCCUGCAGGCCGCAAAGGAGGCCCUGCAGGAGACGGUGAUCUUGCCGGCCCGCUUCCCGCAGCUCUUCCAAGGCAAGCGCGAGCCCUGGCACGGCAUCCUGCUGUACGGCCCCCCCGGCACGGGCAAGUCGCACCUGGCGAAGGCCUGCGCCACCGAGGCCGAUGCGACGUUCCUCAGCGUCUCCUCGUCCGACCUCGUCUCCAAGUGGAUGGGCGAGAGCGAGAAGCUCGUGCGGGGCAUGUUCGAGCUCGCGCGCGAACGGCGGCCCGCCGUGAUCUUCGUGGACGAGGUGGACUCGCUCUGCGGGGCCCGCGGGGAGUCGGGGGAGUCGGACGCGUCGCGGCGCAUCAAGACGGAGUUCCUGGCGCAGAUGGACGGCGUGGGGAAGAGCAAGACGCAGGUCCUGGUGCUCGGCGCCACGAACACGCCGUGGGACCUCGACUCCGCCAUCCGGCGGCGGUUCGAGAAGCGAGUCUACAUCCCCGGGGAGCAG